AUGGGUGCAUCAGGCUUAGGUUCUGGUUUAGCAAAUUGCAUUAAUCUCUCAAAUUUGACACUUUAUCUUAAUUACAAUAGAAUUGGUGAUGAAGGUGCAUCAGGCUUAGGUUCUAGUUUAGCAAAUUGCAUUAAUCUCUCAAAUUUGACACUUGAUCUUCAUUCGAAUAAUAUUGGUGCAAUGGGUGCAUAAGGCUUAGGUACUGGUUUAGCAAAUUGCAUUAAUCUCUCAAAUUUGACACUUGAUCUUCAUUACAAUAUAAUUGGUAAUGAAGGUGCAUUAGGCUUAGGUUCUGGUUUAGCAAAUUGCAUUAAUCUCUCAAAUUUGACACUUGAUCUUCGUUCGAAUAAUAUUGGUGCAAUGGGUGCAUCAGGCUUAGGUUCUGGUUUAGCAAAUUGCAUUAAUCUCUCAAAUUUGAUACUUGAUCUUCGCUUUUAGAAAGAAUAAUAAAAAUUCAAAGAAAUAAGCAAGUGUCUUAAAUCAAAAAGAUUAGUUGUCUUUAAAAAAUAAUUAUGA